AUGGACAACAAAAAAGACACAUAUCCCGACAGUCGCCAUCAAUAUCAGUCGAAAGAGCUCGAUCCGACACUAGCUGCAAUGCACCCCAGCAGUCUACAGCAAAGCUACACAGGCAAGCACUUUCGCCGCAAUGUAACUGCCCAGUCGUGUUCCUCAUCGAAGGAAAUAGCAGCGCGAGAAGCAAAAGAGCUCGCGGACAUCGACAAGCAAAUCCAGGAAUGUCAGGACAAAUACUGCAAGCUACAGCAGAUUCACGAUGCACAGCCGACUCAAUCUGCCAUCUUGCAGCACAAGAGCCUAAUGCAGGAGCGAGAUAUAGCAUUCAAGGAGCUCAAUGCAAAGCAGAUCGAUGGUGGCGACAAGGGCGGCAAGGACACACAGAGCGCGCAGACGAAGGCAUAUGAGUCUGGGAGGAGAGGAGAAGGAGGCAAAAGCGACGUACAAGUUCAAGGAGCCUGA